UUUCCACAGUGCUUCUAGAACAAGAAUGAAAAUGCUGGAACACCCAUGGCUUUGGGUUUGUGAUUUUGUAUUAGGAUUCUGCAGAGUCCCCACACAAAAGGCUUUGAAUGCUUUUGUCACAGAUGUCACUCCUCCCAAGUAUUUGCUCUGGCUGUCUUGGAGUCACCAUAUACUUCAAACUCAGUUAAAACUCCCGUGGAAGUCCCUAAAGGGAUUGGGAAGUCAGCCACUGAUGGUUUUGACAAUGGAGUGUCGGGAAAGAGGGAGGGAGUUCUUCUAUUUCCAUUGCAAUUGCCUGUUCUGGUUACCAUGACAUCUAAUAAACCCUCUUUUCUGUGGAAAUACUCAAUAUUUCUACAGUAAGAUUUGCAGCAUUUGCUUAACACUGAAAGGCACGAGCAUGAAUUCUGCAGGUUUGAAGUUGGCUUCGUUUGCUCCAACUGUGUAUGGAUGGGGUUUUUUGACAGCUCAAGGUUCCACCUGGAAUGCAAAUAUUGGGCAAUGUUUGACUUCAGAAGAAACAUCUGCUUUUCUGUGCGUUGGGGAGGGGAAGGCAGACAGGGCUGGGCAUGGCCCCUCCGACCUUGACUCUCGAGCCCAGAGAUAAGAGCAGAGCACUUAACAGAUACCUGGAAUUUUUAAUGCCCACAUUACCAGGGAUCAUCCAUCCUUCACAUCUUUUUAAUGCAUCCCGGUGGUACCGCAGAGCAAAAAGGGGCCAGAGAGUGUCACUAUCUCCGACCUGCACAUAGUUGAAUCUCUCUCCACUUCACAUUAUCAACCCAAUACUUUCCAUUGAAAAGGGCUGAGCGCAAAGCAAAGAACCCAGGAGCGGCUUUCCCCGGGGCCUCCCGUACCCGAAUCCCUCGGAAGUGACCCGGGGCGGGGGCUGGAAGGGGCGCGGCUGUGCCCGGCCCUGCCUGCCCGGAGCGGGGCGGUGCUCCGUCCGUCCGUCUGUUCCUCUGUCUGUCCGUCCCUCCGUGUGUCUGUGUCCCUCUGUGACUCUGUAACUCUGUCCGUCGGUCCCAGGGCCCGGGGAGCCGCGGGCGGACCGUAGAUGUCGGUUUGGCUCCCAAAGCGCUCAGCAGACCCCGCCGUUUCGGGAGGUACGCAGCGUGCGGGGUUCUUCUUGCAGUGACUCCUGGUGAUGGCAGCAAUGACAGAGACCAACAACAUCCAUGCAGUGAUGGAAGGGCCAGAAGAAGAUGCCAAGUGCAGUUUCCAUCACAGAAUAUUUCUGGAACCCCAAGAGAAGAAGAGGAACAUGAAGGCUUUGCUGGUUAAGCAAGCAAAGAAAACUUGCAGCUGCACCCCAGCCAAAAUUAAAGAUUGUAUUUUGGGGUUUUUCCCCAUCUUACAGUGGCUUCCUAAAUACAACCUCAGGGAGGAUCUCCUGGGGGAUGUCAUGUCUGGUGUGAUCGUGGGGGUGCUGCUGGUGCCACAGUCCAUUGCCUACUCCCUGCUGGCAGGGCUGGAGCCCAUUUAUGGCCUGUACACAUCCUUUUUUUCCUGCAUCAUUUACUGCAUCUUCGGCACCUCCCGCCACAUCUCUGUCAGCAUCUUCGGGGUGGUGUGCCUGAUGGUGGGGCAGGUGGUGGACAGGGAGGUGGAGAGAGCUGGCUAUGAGCUGCAGCCAGGGCUCAGUGCCCUGCCAGGGGACAGCAACAGCUCCAGCAACGGGACAGAGCCACUCUGUGACAAAAGCUGCUACGCCAUGGCCGUGGCUGCCACCAUGACCUUCAUCUCUGGAGUUUACCAGGUGGCCAUGGGUUUUUUCCAGGUGGGCUUUGUCUCCGUGUACCUCUCGGAUUCUCUGCUCAGUGGGUUUGUCACCGGGGCCUCCUUCACUGUCCUGACCUCACAAGUCAAGUACCUGCUGGGGCUGGACAUUCCCCGCAGCGGGGGCGUCGGCUCCCUGCUCAGCACCUGGAUAAACAUCUUCAGGAAUAUCCACAGGACCAACAUCUGCGACCUCAUCACCAGCUCCUUGUGCUUCCUGGUGCUCAUCCCGGCCAAAGAGCUCAACGAGCGCUUCAAGUCCAGGCUCAAGGCUCCGAUCCCAGUGGAGCUCUUCGUGGUGGUGGCGGCCACUCUGGCGUCUCACUUCGGGAAGCUCCGGGAGAAUUACGGCUCCAGCAUCUCGGGCCACAUCCCCACGGGGUUCCUGCCACCCCGGCCCCCCGACUGGAGCCUGCUGCCCAGCGUGGCGCUGGAUGCCAUCCCCAUCGCCAUCAUCGGCUUUGCCAUCACCGUCUCGCUCUCGGAGAUGUUCGCCAAGAAGCACGGCUACGCCGUGAGGGCCAACCAGGAGAUGUACGCCAUCGGCUUCUGCAACAUCAUCCCCUCCUUCUUCCACUGCUUCACCACCAGCGCGGCCCUGGCCAAAACCCUGGUCAAGGAGUCCACGGGCUGCAGGACGCAGGUGUCGGGGCUGGUGACCAGCGUGGUGAUCCUGCUGGUGCUGCUGGUGAUCGCGCCGCUCUUCUACUCGCUGCAGAAAUGCGUCCUGGCCGUCAUCACCGUCGUCAGCCUCCGCGGGGCCCUGCGCAAGUUCAGGGACCUGCCCAAGAUGUGGCGCCUGAGCAAGGUGGACACGGUGAUCUGGGGGGUGACGGCGGCGGCCACGGCGCUGGUCAGCACCGAGAUCGGGCUGCUGGUGGGGGUCUGCUUCUCCAUGCUCUGCGUCAUCUUCCGCACGCAGCGCCCGCAGGCGCCGCUGCUGGGCUGGGCGGCCGAGUCGGAGACCUACGAGUCCCUGGCCGCCUACAAGAACCUGCAGACCAAGCCUGGAGUCGUGGUGUUCCGAUUUGAAGCCCCCCUCUACUACAUCAACAAGGAGUGCUUCAAAUCCUCCCUCUACAAGCAAACUGGGGUCAACCCCCUGUGGGUGAAGGCAGCCAGGAAGAAAGCGGAGAAGAGAAUGCUCAAGGAGAAGGAGGCGGGGUCUGGGGAGAAGCAGAGCAGCGUCCCCGUGGAUUUGGGGUCGGAGCCUGUGGGGUUUCACACCAUAGUGAUCGACUGCUGCGCCGUGCAGUUCCUGGACACGGCCGGCAUCCGCACGCUGCGGGAGGUGCGCAGGGACUACGGGGACGUGGGCGUCCGUGUGCUGCUGGCCCAGUGCAGCCCCUCUGUCAGGAGCUCCCUGCUCAGAGGGGACUUCUGCCAGCAGGGCGAGGAGCAGCUGCUCUUCCACAGCGUGCACCAGGCCGUGGACUUCGCCCUGGGCACACACGGUGCUGCCAAGAACUAGCGGGGCUAGGGAGGAGGCUGGAACAAACCCUGGGCAGGCAGUGUGAGUGUACAGGCACAGGGCAGGCUGGGACUGUGCCUCCCUGGGUUCACCUGCACUCAUUCCACAGCAGGUGCUGAAGGAAGGGAGUUCUUACCUCCAUUGUGGCCACUCUGCCAAUCUGAACUUUGUUGUUCAUCUCAUUCUCCUCUCUGGAGCUUUCUGUGUCUCAGUUUCACUCUUAAGUGAUCAAAUCUUUGUUACAACUCUGUCCUUGUGGAUGAGGGGGGGAUUUUGUCCUGUCCAGCUGAAGAAUGAGGCAGUUCAUUUCUCAUCCCUCAUUCUGGCCUUGCUUUCCAUCACCACACCCUUGUGUGUGCCAAGGAAUGGCUGCCAGGAGCUCUUUGCCCUGGUCUUUACUGGGCAGUGUUUGAUUUUGCAAUCUGAAUCUCAGAUAGAGAAAUCAAAUCUGAACAUGCAGGAAAAUAUCUUAAUGGAUAUCUUUUAACCAUCACCUCUCACCUCCAGAGGUUUUGGCACUGCCUCCUAAUUCAGCCAGGCCACAAGGGCAAGGUUAUCUCAUUCCUCCACAGGCCUAAACCUGCCUGUGCCCGUGGAAAUUCUCUCCAGCCUGAUUUUAAUGAUUUUUUUUUUUUCAUAGAUGACUCUUUAGAAGUCUGAUUCCUUCUUAUGGUCAGUCAAUUGUUUUCCUAAUAUUUAGGAACACUUCAGAAUUGAGAACAAUAGAUAUGGAAAAUAUCUAGUGCUUUAAUUUUAACCAAAAAAAAAGUCCCUUCUAGGGAGUUUUUUACACCAGGCAGAGAGAAUCACAAGCACCAAAGUGAAAAGGGACAAAUAGAUUAUCCAACAUCUGCCCAGAUGUGUCCAUGUCACACAGACUUUGUGCAUGAAUGCAGGAUUUAUUGGCUAUAAACCCUUUGCUCUGUCCUGGACUUUAUGCAAUGGGAGUGCACAGAUCAUUGGAAAAGAAGCCAGGAAAAUUCUUUUCUGAACUUUUUUUUUUUUUUUUUUUUUUUUUUUACCUAUUCAGUGUAAAUAAAGCUUUUUACUCUGAUUUUAAAUUAUGUGGAAGUGAAGAGUGCCUGUUCCACAUGCUAAAAUCCAAGGGGAGGAAGAGGUUCUCUUUCCUCACAGCAGUAGAAAACAAUUGUGAAGGCAGAACUGAAGGAUUAACAACUUUUCCUGAAUCCCAGCUGUACACAGCACACAUCCCUGGAAGAGGGUGCUUUCCUCCCAGAGGAGUUUACAGUCUGAAUUUCAGGUGCUUCACAGCUUUUAAAAGGGAAAGGUGCUGUGUACAAACAACAUUCUCAUCCUUAAUCAUUCAAAAAUAAUGAGUUAGAAGCCAAAAAGGCAUAAAAUACAAUAUGAAUUGUGAAAUGUUUACUAAAUAGGAAGAUAUAUUGAGUUUUGUUGGUUUUUGGGGUUUUUUUCUGAGCAAGGAGCAGUAACUAUUCUCUUCUUUCUUUGAAAGUUGAAUGUCAUGGAUCACCCUGGGAGCCUCAAAGAAGGAUGAGGCAGCAGGAAGAUGAGUCAUUUUUGUUUUAACUGAACUCAUUGCAUUUUUUAGGACACCAGAGCAGCACAGAAAUACUGGGGGAGGUGAGGGAAAAGCAGAACCUCACUGAUACCCCUGUGCUAGAACUGGCCCUGGUGAGGAGAGAAACCUCUGAGAAAAGUCUGCAGCAUUCAAACCCCACAAAUACUGUUCUGCCUCCUUUAUGAAGGAGAUGAAUCCCAAAUAGGAGAUAAAUCCCAAAUAGGAGAUAAAUCCCAAAUAGAGAUAAAUCCCAAAUAGGAGAUGAAUCCCAAAUAGAGAUAAAUCCAAAAUAGAGACAAAUCCCAAAUAGAGAUAAAUCCCAAAUAGGAGAUGAAUCCCAAGUAGGAGAUAAAUCCCAAAUUCUGCCAAAUUUUUCCUUUGCUGCCAUAACCUGCAUGAACAUUUUUAUUCUGGGCUGAGGAUCCUUUGUGCAGUUUGGGGAGUUGUAAUCACUGAAUUGGAAUUGCCAGAGAGGUUUGGGCUGAGCUCUACAAAAUUAUAUUAUUAUUAAAUUUUUAGGAUUAUAUUUUUAAAUUUAAAAUUUAACAAUUUUAAAAUUGUAAACCUGCAAUUUUAGGUUGCAUUUCAGUUUUUAGGGUUAUAUUUUUAGAUUGCAUUUCAGUUUGUAGGGUUAUUUUUUUAGGUUGCAUUUCAGUUUUUAGGGUUAUAUUUUUAGGUUGUAUUUAAAUUUUUAACCAAGCCUGAUUUGUGAGGAGGUGCCACUCAGAUCCCCUGGGUUGGUUUGUCCCCACAGGGAUGGCAGUGCCACGUCCCCUUUGCAGCACAAUUUGUUCACAUGAUCAGAAAGAAUCUCUGGAACUUUGAACAAAAGCAGUUUUAAAAUGCUGAUUUUUUAACUCCUAUUUUGCCACAGAACAGCAGAGCUAGGAGCACUGAAAAUGCUGAUGACAAAGGACAGCACAAAUCUUUUAUUUUAUUUUAUUUUUUAUUGCAAAUGUUCCUGCCUUGCUGCAGCUGCUUGUUCUCACCCUUUGCCCUGAGCUAUGAGAGGACACAGAGGAGGAAGGAGCUGCUACAAAAGUCAAAUAAAAACUGCUCUGGGUGAUUCCAUCCUCUUUCCCUCUCUCCCAUGUUCUUUCCAUGCUGCCCAGGUGGAGAUUUUUUCACCUGUGACCAUGCACAGUAACCAAAUUCCAAACCUUUAUUUAUUAAAAGAUGGUUUUGCAAAUCCAUUCCUACCUGUGCCAGGAAGGGAGGAAUAGCAAUGUUAACUCCAAAAAGGAUCAGUGGGAUGUGUAUUUGUGGCUCUUGGCUAUUUAUUUACAUUAAAGCACAAUAAAAGAGCCAUUAAAUGGUUUUUCAGGUAAUGAAAUCAGAUUAUAUCUAAAAGAUGUGCUGAAGGUUACCUGGAGCACGUUGCAUUUGGCCUCAGUGCUGUUUGUGCAGCCUCCAAAUUCCAUUUCAAGCAAAACACAAAAACUAUUAAAAUGCAACAGCAAAAGCAGGCAGGCAACCAAAAGAAAUAUUUUAAUGUUCUUAUUUAAAAUAACAUCCAGGGGUCAUAGCAUUGAUAAGUAUCUAUUAAUGCACACUGCCCUGGCUAAAAGGGAAUAAAUGCCAUUUGCUAGAGAGUUCAUGCAAUAGGGAGUUCUUGGGAAUUAACUGGAGAUUAAAGCUUAUUAUGGCUGGAAUUUCUUAGAACAGUGGGUUUCAGCCCUUUUCUUUUAGACCUGGAAUAGUUUUUUUAGCAGAAUCUGAUUUGAGCCUACUGACAAGCAGCACUUUUUGCUUGCAUUUCUUUAUGGACUCUUCAAAGCAAUCCAAUUUUAUCUUUGGGAAUUGGGGAUCACUGAUUGGAAACUUUUCCUCUAAAGCAUUUGUUUUAUGAAGGAAUUCCAUGUAUUUAUUUAUUUUGCUGCUGUGUGAUGCAUGCAGCAGCUGAAUAUCUCCAUUUAUGUUUUUUGAUAUUCCUGUCCUGUCCUGACAAGGGCUCUCCUGCCUUCUGUUGUUUUAAAUGAACAGUGCCACGUUUUUUAGGGGGUUUUUUUUAAGUUUUUUUUUUUUGCCAGGUUUUUAAAGGUGAAAUCUGCCAUUCUCACUGCUUCUUCAGCUUUCCCUCAUCCCCUGAAAUUGUAAACUAUGGGAAAGGGGCCCCUCAGAAUGAUUGGAUUUGGGUUUUCCCUCAGUCUGGAGCAGGGAUGUUCCUCCCAGGUACAACUUCAGAGCCCCAGUCCAGACUGGGAGCUGGUAUAAAUCAGUUCAAUCUACUCCCAAAUGUCCUAAUCAGCAAUUAUCAGUCUGAAGGAAGAAUUAAGAGAUCAUUAGCACGUUCAUUAACGACCACAACAGAGCAUUAUGGAAAUGAGCACUCAGCUGUACUGGAAAUGUUUUCAGCACUCUCCUGCUCAGUGCCAGGCUCUGUUUUCCCUCUGCUGUGGUGUCUGAGAAACGUUUCACUUGUCUGAGUGUUUUGACACGAAAACCAUUUUCAGUCCACUUCCCAAGGCAGGGGCAGGCACUGCAGAGGGCACAGGGUUUGUUUUGGGUUUACACUGACAUAGCCAAGCUGGGAUUUAGUGAUGCUGAUUCCCUUUGAGCCACUGCAGCUCCAAACCCUGCAGGACCAGCCUCCAGCCCCUGGUGUUACUGCAAAUGUGCAAUUUGCAAUUUGCCAAUUUGUUUUGCCUCAAGACACUGAAUAUUGACUGUAAACAGGAGAAAUUGUGUGUUGGUGUUCCAUGUGACCUGCUGCUCAGUUUUCAUGAUCUCUAGAUAAAGUCAAAGCUCCUGAAUAAUAAAGUGAGUGUAAAACAACCCCAGAGCCCUGGGGCCUCAGUCUGGUUUGGGCUGGCAGAGGAUUUGUGGAGCUGAACCUGGAGGUGUCUUCAUUUCUGUGAUUUGGUGUCUUCAUUGUGGAAUUUCUGUGAUUUCUGUGAUUUGUGUGAGUGUGGCACCAGCCCCUGUGCUGAGCUGCCUGUGUGGAAAUCAGGGAUUCCUGGGUUUAUGGUUAUUUAUUUUUGUCUCAUUUUGAUCUCAGUCCAACCUGGCUGCCCUGGCCAGGCCAGCAGAGGAAGGUGCUCCCUGCUGGGAGAAAUCUCAGCCACCCUUUUAUCUCUGCUUAUUUCUUUUGCCAAGCAAAAGAAAUAUUUCUUUCUUCAAGCAAAAAUCUGUUUCAGGGCAUUAUCUUCUCUUAUGGGUUGGGUUUUUCCCACCUGCUUUGGAAAAGUGAUUAAAUGCUUGAAGUAAUUGACAUUUUAAUUUAUUUUUUUCGUGGACAUGGCUAAGCUGAUGAAGCUGGGAUGCAAAUAUUCCUGUGCUGCCCUUGCCAUGCUGGGGCUUCAUAUUGGUGUGGCUGAGUUUGUUCUGCUGGUGUAGGAUGAUGUUGUGGGACUCCAAAAUUGGUGGAACUCCAAAAUUGGUGGAAUUCUCCACACUAGAAGGGAUUGCACUGGGAAUGACCUCGUUAAAUCCCAGGAGUUAAUUACAUCAUCUUUAUAAGCCUUUGGAGGAUCAGCUACCCCUGUGAAAAUCAACCUGAUCUUUACAAUUUCAGUCAAAUCUAUCUGAGGUGGAAAUAAUUCUGAGCCUUGCUUUUCCCUUCAGUGCUAAAAGCAAGGCUUCUGCUUAAGUAAAAUGGCAAAUAUUUAAUAUAUAUAUAUUUAGUUCAUAGCAUAAUUAGUACCUGUCUAUUUUAUUUUCUAGAGAUUCUAUAAGCUAAGGCAUAAUGUUAUUCUUUGAUGUGCAAAUUAAUUAAAUAUUUCAGCAUUGGAUGGAGAAGCAAUUUUCCAUUUCCAUGCUUAAAUAUUUGAAUCCCAGCUCUGACAGCACUUAGUCCAGCUCCCAGGUGAUCUAAAGAUUCCACAGGUAGGUAGGAAACAUUUUGUUGAACUUGGGUCCAAUUUUUUAUAUCUGAUUUUUUACUUAAAGAAGUAAAUUUUAUGUGUAUUUGAAAUGCAAUUCAAACAUGGUUAAGGAGAGGUUAAAUCUCAUUUUUUAUGACAAGCACACAAUGCUUUGAGUCUUUAAUUUUGUGUUCCUGACCAUCUCUAGUAUGUUCUUGGUACAUUCUGGGAUACAAUUUUUUAAUAAUUGAAAAUUCAGAAUAAUUUUAGACUGUUGUGAAUAAUCUUCUGCAGAAUAAAUAAAAUGACAAAAUGUGCCUGGGCUUUGUUGGAGAAGCAGUUUAACCAAACAGGACCUCAGGACUGGACUCAUCCCAUUGGUCAGCACAUCUGGCCUGUUUACAAAAUAAUUUAUGUGUUUUGGGGGAAAAAUGUGGGGAAAUUGUGUAGUGUACAGAAAAGAUCACUUUAUACCAAUGUUUGUAAGGCAAAUUUGAUUUUGUGUUCUGUGUCCAUCCUGUGCCUGGCUGUGCUCUCCCUGCCCUGUCUGUCUGAGCUGUAUCCAUUGUUAUUUGUAACUUUUCUUGUGCCUUUUUGUCACUGGAGAUUUGUUAGCAUGAGAACUUUCUGUCCAAUCUGGUAAAAUCACUGGGAUUUCUUCAGCACAAUUAAAAGAUGAGAUUUA